UGUGCUCAGGGGUCCCCCAUCACGGACCUACCACUGGCCCUGCGUAUGUGGUGCAGCCUCUCUUCAAUCCCUAAGAACUGGUUCUUUCAAAGCAUGUAUUUUCUGAAGAAACUUUAGAACCACGUUUAUUUUAAAAGAACGAACUGGAGAAAACAAAUCGAUUGAUGCUCACAGCUUCUUGGGUGCUUUCUCACGGGUAAAGCCAUGGCAUCCGUACCUUCCAUUGGUUGCCUUCUAGCCAGAAAUCAGUAUUAUCGAAAGUCCAGUGUUUCUUCAGUUAGUUCUUUAACUAGCUCUGAUUCUGUUAACUUCAUAGAUGACGACAAACCACAGCAAGGGUUGCCUGAAGUGGCAGAAUCCACCUGGUGGUUUAAAUCGUUUUUCCAUUCUGAACCUGUGCUUUCAAAUGUGAGAAUAAAAGAUCUGUCUGCUACUGGUCAACCCAGAUUACAGAUGAGCACUUUGUAGCUGAUCGUCUUUGCACUGCCAUUUGAUGAACAUGUUGGUAACGGUUGCCUGCCUUAUGUAGCAUGAACAGUUGAUUCUGACAAUCAAGAUCCUCUGCCUGCUGCAGUGGUCCAUACAUGAACGGCUCCCCUUCAGCGCCCCAGCUAUUCCAGGACUCUUCUCCAUUGUAAGAAGACAAAAAUGUGCCUGAGAUCUCAUUUAUGAGACAAGAUCACAGCAGCCACUGAUAUAACAAAAGUUUAGGCAUUUUUCUCAACACAAAGACUAUCGCUGGAAGUGGCACUUGCUACCUAGUGCAUCUUUGAAAAGUGUGCCUUUAGAAACAAGACACCCUUUUAAAGUAAUAUGUCUUCAAAUGUUGUGACUUACAUAAAGUAGCUCUUUCAUUACUUAUAUCAUUUUUAUUAAAAAAACUUAAGUUAGACUCUU